GGGUCAUUUUCGCCACACGAAAACGGAACACGGACGUGCUUUAGAAGAUAUUAUAAAAUCGUGUGACAAUGGUGUCCGUGAAGAGUUGUCUGGCCAUUGUAGCCCUUCUAUCCGUCGUUUCGGGUAAUCCGCUAAUGAGAAAGGACCCAGAAUUGUUUAUCGUUGGCGGAUCAAAUGGGGACAUUUCGGACUUUCCCUGGCAACUCUCACUCCAGAUGCGCGGUGGCGGAAAGCACUUCUGUGGCGGAAGUAUCCUCUCAUCGAACUGGGCCAUCACAGCUGCACAUUGUCUAGAACACUUUACACCCGAAAUGAUAAAAGUUCUGGCUGGAAGUACGCAUGUGAAUAACAUUGGUGGCAAAUUCUACGAAAUUGAGGAAUUCAUCCUCCACCCAGAAUACAACGAGGAUCUAUUUUCCAAUAACGACGUUGCCGUCUUCCGGAUCGUUGGUGAAUUCGAUGGUAUCAAUAUGAGAGCUAUUGAAAUGGGUGAUACAGAACCAGCACCCAACUCUAUGGUUACCAUCAGUGGAUGGGGCAAUUUAGCGUGGCAAGGAAGUAUGCCGGAUAUUUUGCAGUACGUUCACGUGCCAGUUGUUGAUAGAAGUGUCUGCAAUAGGUCUUACAACGGCGGCGUCAAUGAAAACAUGUUCUGCGCCGGAAAGGCCGGACAGGAUGCAUGCCAGGGUGACAGCGGAGGAGCUGUGGUGCAGAAUGGAAAGCUUGUGGGACUUGUGAGCUUUGGCUACCAAUGCGCUCUUGAGAAUUUCCCUGGUGUCAACACAAACAUUGUCGCUCCGUCCAUACGCAACUUUAUCCAAAGCGCCAUGAGAGAUUGACGACACCCCAUCAAUCAACAAUUACACCUGACAAUCAACAGUUCAGAGCCAAAUUUCCGGUACCGGUCCCAAAAUUUAUGGUUUUCCCCCCUAUGGCCCAAUUCAGCAACAAUAAAAAAAAACUCUUUGAAAUGCGUGACAACUCAGGAUGACUAAAUAAACACAACAAAGGGAGAUUUC